UCAAUCUCCAAAUUCAUUUUCUCUCUCUAAAUUUAGAGAGAGAGAGAGAACAGAAUUAUUACCGUUGACCGGCGACGACCAUGGCAUUUUUUCGGAACUUGUUGCCUUUGUUCUUCACUUUACUUUUCUCUACGGCGGCGGAGAUCGACGGAGAUUCGCGGCGGAGAGAGGCCGACAGAGUGACCGACUUGCCGGGGCAGCCGCCUAUGAAGUUCCGACAUUAUGCCGGCUACAUCAAACUCCGGCCAAAUGAAGAGAAGGCUCUGUUUUACUGGUUUUUCGAGGCUCAAAACGACGUCGCUCAUAAGCCUCUCGUUCUUUGGCUCAAUGGAGGGCCAGGCUGCUCGUCCAUAGCGUAUGGAGCUGCACAAGAACUUGGUCCCUUCCUCGUUCAGAGCAAUGGGAAGCUUAAACUCAAUCCUUUCUCUUGGAAUAAAGCGGCAAAUAUGUUGUUUUUGGAGUCACCGGUGGGAGUGGGAUUCUCAUAUACAAACAAAUCAUCAGAUUUACAAACGCUUGGUGAUAAAGUCACAGCCGAAGAUUCUUACGCCUUUCUUGUUGGUUGGUUCAAGAGGUUCCCGAGUUUCAAACUCCAUCAAUUCUAUAUAACCGGAGAGAGCUACGCUGGACAUUAUGCUCCCCAACUUGCUGAGCUCAUUUACGAGAAAAACAAACAGUCUAGCAAAGAUUCGAUUAUUAACCUCAAGGGCAUAAUGAUCGGAAAUGCAGCCAUCAACGACGAAACAGACCUAAAAGGAAUGGUGGAAUUUGCAUGGAGCCAUGCCAUAAUAUCCGACCAGCUCCAUGCCAACAUCUUCAAGGACUGCAAUUUCUCGGCUGAUGCUCAAAACCUAACACUUUCUUGCCUUAAUUUUUUCCGAGAUUUUAUAGUUUCUUACGACAAAAUUGAUAUCUAUAACAUUUAUGCUCCAAUUUGCCUCGCUUCUUCUUCUUCAUCAUCUUCUUUCGACUCGGUGUUUAGACUCGUCGGUGCUGCUGUUCCUCGAAUCUUCUCCAAAUACAAAUCACGAAGUAACGAGCUGCUAGCAAGAGGGUACGAUCCAUGUACUCCAAACUAUGCAGUAAAGUAUUUUAAUAGAGGGGAUGUUCAAAGGGCUCUACAUGCAAACGUUACUCAACUUUCUUAUCCUUACACCCCGUGCAGUAAUGUGAUUCUAAAUUGGACCGAUUCUCCUAGCUCUGUGUUGCCCAUCAUACAGAAGUUACUCCGAGCACAAUACCGCAUUUGGAUUUAUAGUGGUGACACUGAUGGGAGAGUACCGAUAACAUCAACAAAAUACAGUAUAAACGAGAUGAAUUUGAAGAUCGAAGAAGAAUGGAGGGCGUGGUAUGAGAGGCGUCAAGUGGCUGGUUGGGUUGAAACCUACCGAGGAGGCCUCACAUUGGCCACCAUUAGAGGGGCAGGCCACCAAGCUCCGGUCUUUGCUCCUCGACAAUCACUUGCCCUACUCACUUAUUUUCUCUCGGGCAAUCGAUUACCUGCGUCUUCUAAAAUUUAGUAUACUAUUCACUCU